CUGCACUAUGCGACAGUGAUGAACAGGAGAGCUUGUCUGCAAAUGGCUGCCAUGGCCUGGAGCACUGCUCUUCUGUACUCUGCCCUGCACACGGGGAACACCUUUAGGCUGCCCUUCUGCCACUCCAACAUGGUCAACCAGUUCUUCUGUGAAAUCCCCCAGCUCCUUAGGAUCUCUGGCUUGGAAGUGUUUACUAGUGAAAUUCAGAUUAUUAUCUUUGGUGUAUGUUUAAGUGCUGGUUGCAUCGCAUUUAUAUUUGUGUCUUACAUUCAGAUAUUCACUACUGUACUGAGACUCCCCUCUGAGCAGGGCCGGCAUAAAGCAGUUUCCACCUGUCUUCCCCACCUCUUUGUUGUCACCUUGCUGCUUAGCACUGGGAUGAUUGCCCAUAUGAAGCCCACAUCUGGGUCCCCGUCAGCUCUGGACCUCGUGGUGUCUGUUCUCUAUUCCAUG